CUGGAAACUCCAGCUAUAGUGGAGUCUAUAACAUUUGGAAAAUACAUAAAGGCACAUGUCAGUGAUCUUAAAAAGUUUCAAAUCCUUGGAGGCACAGAAGAAAACAACUUGUCAUUAUUAUUAAAAGCAGGUUUAAAAAAGGAUAACAGUACGGAAACUUUCACAUUAAGGCACAGAACCUCAGAAGGAUUAUUUUUUCCAGUGCAAUACAUAAAAAUUGUGCCUCUUCAGUCUUGGGGACCGGCAUACAAUUAUACCAUAUGGUAUGUGGAAUUAAAUGGGAAAAAUCAAGAGGAUUUUGUCAAUAAUGCCCUUGAAACUAUCAGCUUGCGUAAAGAAGAAGAGGCAGUUCGAAUAUUAUUGAAGCAUCUAAGACGAAGACGGUAUAAAGAUGCAUUUGAAGCCUUGACCCGUGAGAGUGGCGUUCAGUUAGAGGGUCCCAUGCAAGGAAGGCUGUGGAAUGCGCUUGUUGAAAAUGGAGAUUAUGAACUUGCUGAGCAAAUAUUUGAAGAGGCUGCUAACAAUGGUGAGUUGGAUUGGUACCUGUCUUGGCAGCCCUAUACUCCGGAGUGGAAGCAGUUAGUGCCAUGUUCUAGUGUUGUGGAGGAGCGCCUCUACUCGGGGGACACUUCUCCUCCCCCACAUUCUAGGGCUCAAGACUUGUCCUGCCCAGACAGACAACCGCAGAUAGAUCCAUUGGAGGCUAAUGGUGUGGAGGCUGGUGGGGUUGAUGGUUCCGUGAGGGGUGCGGGGGGUGACGCUGAGGGUGCAGGGGAGGGUGCAGAGGGUGCAGGGAGUGCAGAGUCAGCGUCAUCUCCGUGUCUGCUACGACCGGUGCCGCGCGGUGGACAUCAGCUUGUAGUGGAUCCCAAUACAGGUCUUUUAUAUUUAUUCGGUGGUUGGAACGGCGAGGAGGAUCUAGACGACCUGUGGAGUUUCGAUCCUUCAACGGAGUCCUGGAGGCUGCUGUGUCGUCACAGCGGCGCGGUGGGUGGGCCCUCGCCCCGCUCCUGUCACAAGAUGGUGUUUGAUCCUGUACACGAGAGACUCUAUACACUCGGACGGUAUCUGGAUAAUGUGCAACGAGUGCCAGAGAAUAUGAAGUGCGAGCUGUACUCGUACAGUGUCCGUGAGGGCGUGUGGCGCGUCUCGUGUGAGGACACCGCGGCGGCGGGCGGGCCGCGGCUCGUGUUCGAUCAUCAGAUGUGUUUAGACGCACAGGAACAGACUAUAUACGUGUUCGGAGGACGAGUGCUGCCGGCUAACACUGAGGAGUUAUCGAGCCCGCAGUAUUCGGGUCUGUUCUCAUACCACAUUGAAUCUAACGUGUGGCGGUCCUUGGAGCCCGAGCCUCCCCUCCCCGCGCCUCCUCACCGCGUCUCACAUUCAAUGCUAUUUCAUCCGGUCCAACGACGUCUGUACAUGUUCGCUGGUCAGCGUAACAAGGAACAGCUAGUUGACAUGUGGUGGUGGGACUGUGAGGAGACUCCGCCGCGGCCGCACGCUCUGUGCACCGCGCCACCUCGGGCUCCGCCCCCGCAGGGCUUCACACAGAGGGCGACCAUCGACCCACACACGGACGAGAUACAUGUACUGUCGGGUAUGAGCAAGGAGAAAGACAAGUGUGUGUACAACACUCUGUGGGUGUUCUCUCUGCGACGUAUGACGUGGAGCUGUCUGUACAGAAAUGAUUCAGUGGAGCCUUCGGAACCACGCCCGAGGUUCGCGCACCAGUUCGUGUACGAUCCAGUUAGGAAGGUGCAUUAUCUGUUCGGUGGUAACCCUGGCCUAACGUCGAGUCCACGCCUUCGCCUCGACGAUCUGUGGUCUCUAAAGCUUCACCGCGCGGGCUCCGGCGGCGUGAGGGCGAAGGCCCGCGCGGCGCUCCGGGAGGCUCGCUACAGGGAGCUGGCCGCCGCCCCUGAACGAGCGCCCGCAGCCCUACACUACUUGAGACACGCGCUCAGUGAGGCCGUCGACCAUAGCAGCUCGGUUCAGGUGGCGCACUUCCAGAAGCUAGCCACGGUGUUAUUCUCAGGAAGGAUGAGUCCAGACGAAGAUGAGCUCCAGAACGGAUCGGAAGCGACGAGCGCGGGAACUGACGGGAGACCUCUUGACGCUGGGCGAGUGAGGACGCUGAGGAGGAGGAGGGCGGCCGCCAGGAGGGACGCUUACCACGACGAUCUGCCGCGAGCACUGCUCUCAGUGCUUGGCACGGACGAGCCGCUAGUGGAGCCUAGUCCGUUUGAAGACGAGUCUCCGCCCCCCGAGCCGUCAGAGGAGCCCCGGGACUCCCGCUCCAACGAGGCGUGGCAGGCUCGCUCCGCCCGCAUCCGUCUGUACGACCGUCUGUGUCGCUACUUCCGCCCGUCUGCGGUGCCGCCGGCUAACGACAUACAAAACCUCGUCAACUUGUAA